AUGAUGAUAAAUUCGGCAAAGCCAAAUAUAAAAUUGGACAAAGCACUUCAAGAUAUUGUUUAUAAAUUAGUUCCUGGUCUCUUUCAAAAGGAAAUGGAACGAAGACAACAGUUUUAUGCUUCAAGACCUGGUCCAGCUGCUUCGGCUACUCCUGAACAACGUGGUGAAGACACAGAAAGAAUUAUAUUUAGUCCUGAAGAUGUUAUAUCUUUUUCAUUGGAAUAUGCCGAUAUUACUGAUGCUGAUAGCAUAUCUAGUAAAUCAUCUGAUAGUAAUGAACCCCAAAAUAUCUUAGCAUCAACAAGGCGAUAUUUGCAAUGUCCUGCUGUAGUGAACAUAAGCCAUCUCAAAAAAUUUCUUAGUAUGAAAUUUGAUAUAGAUAGUACCCAAUUUGCUAUUGAUAUUCUAUACAAAAGAGUACCUUUACCAGAUUAUUAUACAUUAAUGGAUAUAGCUUAUAUAUACAACUGGAAAAGGAAUGAGCCUAUGCGUUUCUUUUAUCAAAUUAUUGAUUAUGUAGCUAUUCGCAAUAGGUUAUUUGAUAUUAAUAGAAAAAGUACCCAUUUUCCUGACAGUAAACCAAGUCCUACAUCCACAGAGGAUACAACUAUCAGCAGCCCUGCACCAAACAUAAACGAGCAAGGAUCGGAAGCCUCUUCUGGUACCGAUAGUCCAAUGCCUGAUGACAGUAGUACAAAAAAGACAAUAGAAACAGUAAACAAGAGUAGUGUAUGCGAUCAGGUAAAAGAUGUCAAUCUUCUUGACACUCCUAGUACUAACAAACCCCUUUGCACAUCUCCAACGAAGAAAAAUGAUGAUGAGGUUGAAAAAUCACAAUUUCUUAUUUCCUUUGAAUUAACAGCUAAAAAUAGUAGUCUUAAUGUGAAGACUUCCCCUACUAAAAGUAUUACAGCAGAGCCUAUAAAUACAUUAGAAAGUUCAUUAAAAAAUUCCUUACCCAAAGGUGAUGAUUGUUUAAAGAGAAAACACCAGAUAUCUCCAAAUGUACCAGAAAUUAAGAAGUUGAAGAUUGAAUUAGAAAAAACUAAAGUACCUGAUUUCUCAUCCUCAUUAUCAGUACCAUCUGUUCCAUUACCAAAAGAUACAGUGAAAGUUGAGAAAUCUCCCAGUAAUAUAGAAAAGAUUACAGAUCAUGCUGAAGCAAUAGGAAACCCUCAGUCAUCUUCAAUUUCAAAUAACUCAUCUAUAAAUACAGCCAUACCACCAAAAGAAAAAUUGCAACAAGUAAUGACUUUAACAAAACCUCAAGGGUCAGAUAGUUCAGGUCUUAAGAGAAAUAAUUCUGGAUCACAAAGUAUAUCUUCACCUAAACGUAAGCCUAAUGAAACAACUCCAGCUGAACCAGCUACAGGUUCAAAAACAGUUUCUCCAUUAAAACUUCAAAUACCAAAAGUAGAUACACAGUUAUCUAGUUCAAAGCAACCUGAGGCUUUAAAAUCUGGUGUUAAGAAGAUGCCGGAUUUAAAGCCAAGUACAAUAGCUUCUUCAGCAUCUUUUCAAACAAAGGUCCCACCUGUUAAUAAAGUACGUAUGGAUCUUUUAGCAAAUAAUAGUGACCCAACUAUAGACAGAAGUAAAAUAUUGUCACAAGUAAAAUCAUCUCUAUCUUUAGCUAACACAAAUCAAACAUCUGGAGAUCCUUUAAAAUCAUUGUUUGACUCUUGUAAAAUUAAUAUACCUUCUUCAUUGUCUAUUACAUUAACGGACCAAAAAUUAGAGAACCGAAGCCUUACAGAAUCAAUUGUUACAGAUCAAAAAAAAGUUAUGAUAAAUAAGAAUCUCUCUAGUGCAAGUAAUGUAUCUGCACACAAGGUACCAAGUCCACCAGUUCAUAAUUAUAUUGAAAUACUAAAAUUACCCGAAACUGAUCCAAAGAAAAUAAAUAAAUCUGAAAGCAAUAAUGAUGCUAAAAUUAGUACAAUAAAUAAAACUGAUGCAAGUGCAGUACAAACAAAGCCUGGUAAUAAAUCUUCUGAUGUAUCAACCAAGGGUCCCAUACCUAAUCUUAAACCUAUUUCUGACACAAAAUUGGGCAAGCAGAGUGGAUCAUUUUCAGGUCCCAUUACUUUUCAACAGACUUUUGAACAGCAAUUACAGUCUAUGCAGUCAGAUAAAAAAUCAAAAUUACCAAAAAAUAAAACCCAAGUUCCGAAACUUGUACCUGCAACUCCUAAAGCAUUUAGUGCAGUUAACAAGCUCAGCAGUCCAAGCAACAAAUCAGUUUCAAAUAACAUGCCUUCUUUAGAAAAUAAGACCAAUGCUGCUCUCGAUUUAUCUACUCCUCACACCAUUCAAAGUCAGUUAGGCCCACAACAGACAAAAGCAUUUGAAACAAUGCAGUCAAUUGCUAACCUAGCAAAAAAGCAAAGUUUACCAUCAAAAUCAUUAUCUUUGAGUACAUCACAAAGUAAUGUGUUUUCCAGUACAUCAAAUAGACCUACCGCCACAGGUACUUCUCCGCUAAGAGUUCCAUCAACUAGUGGCAUUAACCAAAUGAAACUUGAGAAGAUUAAUGCUGCUGGAUCAGCAGCUAGACAAGAAAUUUCAAGCAAUAACAAGCUUAACCAGAUGAAGCAAUCAACUGGUUCAAGCACAACAAUUCAAAAUUCAGGCUACCCUAUCGCAGCUCACAGUUCUCCAACUACAGCACAGCCUUCACCAAGAUCACAAACUCGUUCUCCCAGUUCAUCUCCUAAGCUGGUUAUAGCAGAAGAGAAACAAUCUUGUAAUAAUUCAUUUGAACAAAAUAUCAAUCAAUCAAAUCAAAUAACAAGUACACAGUUGUCAAAUAUAAAUGUAAAUAAAAAUGAAUCACUUAAACCUUCUCCAGGGCCUUCUAAGCCAAUAAAAUCAUUGGCUCAUGCAGGAAAAGUGCCUGGUAUUCGUCAGCCUAUAACUCCAACGAUAAAACCUAGUCUCAGUAUCAAUUCUUCAGCUGAUUAUUUAACUCAACCGCCACUGCUUUCAGCACAUGCUGGUAUUACACAUUUACUAAGGCAUCAAAUGGAAAUGCAAACAGCAUGGCUGAAAGCACAAAGGCAAUAUGAUUUAUUUAAAAAUAUGUCGAAUAUGGCUCAUCAGAACCAGAAUGACUUCAAUAACAAAGAUAAACAAAAUCACACAUUUUGUUUGCAGAUGUCUACUGUUCAAGCUUCCAUUCCUUUCAAACAUCGCAAGAAAAUAAAUAUUAAUACAAAGAAAGUGAAGAAUGAUAGUCCCAAAGAUAUAAACAAAAGAAAACGCAAAUCCAACAAAAAUGAAAAUGAUAUUGAUCUGCAAAAUGAUAUAGACAAUGGCUGUUCUCCAACAAAAACUGUAAAAGUAUGUGAUAACUCUGAGGAUGAUAUUGAUAAAGAAAACUCAAAUGAUGGGAAUACCAUUAUAAGCAAUUCAUUCAAACCUUUAGUAAGUAGAGAAAAGGAAAUAACAUGGCUUGAGAAUUUUUUAAUGGACCAUCUCGAUUCUGAAGAAUCUGCAUCUUUAUACAUCUCUGGCCAACCUGGAACUGGGAAGACUGCAAGCUUAACAUACAUUUUACAUUUACCAAAGAUAAAAAAUGGCUUUAAACAAGUUUAUGUUAAUUGUACAAUGGUGAAAUCGGCGACCAGUAUUUAUAGUAGGAUUUGCAAAGAGUUACAAUUACGGACAUCGGGAUCGACAGAAAAAGCCUGUCUCUGUGCCAUAGAAAAAUAUUUAAAUAAGAAACAUAAAAUGAUAUUACUUGUAUUGGAUGAGAUCGAUCAGCUGGACAGUAAGCGACAAUCAGUUUUGUACACAAUAUUCGAAUGGCCUGCAUUAUUAAGUUCACGUAUUGUCUUGAUUGGAAUCGCAAAUGCUUUGGAUUUGACGGAGCGAACUCUGCCGCGUUUGCAAGCACGAUGUUCUCUUCGGCCUCAAACACUUCACUUCGCACCUUACACGAAACAACAAAUUAUAGAUAUAUUUGUGUCUGUACUUGAAAGUGAAGAUAAGAGUCAUGUAUUUUCGCCGGUCGCGUUGCAGAUGUUAGCAGCUAAAAUUGCUGCUGUAUCAGGAGACAUGAGACGAGCACUUGACAUUGGUAAAAGGGUUAUUGAACUUGCGAAACGCACCAAAUUCGCAGAGAAUCAAUGUGUUGAAACCAUUAUGCGGAAUUCCAAUGUAACUGUAGAGCUGAAACAAGUGUUAGAAGUUUUAAAUGAUGUUUAUGGAGGUGGCAGGAAGAUAGAGAACGAUCUAGAGGAAGGCUUGCCCAUGCAACAGAAAUUAAUAUUGUGCAGCAUAAUGUUAAUUUUAACGAAAGGGAAAAAUAAGGAUUUGACGAUGGGAAAACUUCAUGACGUAUACAAAAGAGUGGCGACGUCGCGCAACAUCGCACCAAUGGACAUAGGCGAGAUGGUGGGCGCGUGCUCGCUGCUGGAGACGCGCGGCGCGCUGCGGGUGUGCGGCGCGGCGGGCGCGGGCGCGGGGGCGUGCGCGCCGCGUGCGCCUGCACUGGCACGAGCCCGAGCUCGUCGCCGCGCUACAAGACAAGCCGCUCCUCUCCGCCAUACUGAAUGA